CAACAUCGGAGCGCAUCACGGCUCGCCAGCAACCCUUGCGCUCGUACACCCGCCAUGCAAUUGCUCCCGGGCGGUCCGACCACGCUCUUGAGAUGAGACUAGACCUGUCUUCAUGUCUCGAAAUGCCGGAACAGCAUCGUCGGGCCCGCGCCGGGGUCCGCGAUGGUCUCACCUCCGGCAGACGAGCACCGGCCACGACCACCACCCCUUCCACCAUCACCACCACCACGUCCACCGCCCUCUCGCCACAUCCCCUGGCUCUCCAGGUAGCAACUCGACCCAUUCUACCAUAAGAGACGAUAGGGGCCGCCGCCGCGCCGAGAGAUACUGCCAUGUCACUGUGAACGAGAGCUACGUCCGCGACGAGGUCCUCCUCAAUCUUGACCUGCUUGGCCCCGAAGUCAAGCCCGGAUCCCUCGUGUCCAUCACUGUUUUGGCCAAGGGUGAUUCUGCCCGAACCUCUUCGGGUGCCUACGGAAGCUUCAACAAACAGCCGUCUCACGAUCAUUACGAUGGCGCGAGGCCGGCAGCCGGCGACCACGACUGCUCUCACAGCCGAUACAUCUUCGUGGCCAAGGACAUGACUAGGGAAAUGAAGGCUCGGCACCCCGACGCCGAGGUCUACGUCAUAAAGAAUAUUGCAGACGCGUUUGGCAUGAAGAAAGGCCAUCAGGUCUUACUUGCUCCAGUUGACAAGGACCACCCUGCAACUGAGGCCACCCACGUCGAGAUGACUUUCAAGGACCAAUAUCUCUCCAGGGCGGACAUGUGGAGGCUGACCGUGGGGGAGCUGACUCAAAAAACAGUCUACAAGGGACAGUCCAUACUUUUCAUGGGGACUAUCAAGGCGCAGGUCACCGCCGUUUUCGUUGAGGGACAAAAUGUGCAUUCUGCCUUCUUUGUCCGAGACACCAGACCAAUCUUUCGCAGCGAAUCAGCCAGAUACAUGCUCUUCAUACAAAUGUCCCGUGAGAUGUGGGACUUUGACUCGGAAAGCUCUGGGGAGAUUAUGUUCAGCAAGGUCGUCAACGGCUUCCUUCCUGCCAUGUUCAAGCGCUGGGCCCUUUUGAGGGUGAAGCACCUUGUCAGCAUAGUGCUCUUUGCUCGUGUGGAGUAUGACACUGGCAUCUCAAGUGAGCUGGCAACAGAAGCGCUCCCGAGCGACUACUGCACAGGCGUGCAGCCAUAUGGUAACCGCCGGCCGUACAAGGACUUCUACCGUGUGGUUGUCAGCCAAAUGGCAAGUGGGGAGUGGACAAAGAUUCUCUAUCAACUCAAAAGAGAAUUCAAUUACUUCCGACGAGACAUAAGCCUCCACCAUCAACACGUUGGCGCCUUUUCGGAACAGUGCUCGGAAGAGCUCGGGGGCAAGGAUGGUCCAGUAACGAGAAUCAAAGCGGAAUCGUCACUAUCCAUCCACGGCAACAUGCUUGAGGCCAUCAACCUAGCCGCGUCGCAAUUUUCUCAUGAUUACAUCGACAGGGACCUCACUCGCACCGGCAUUUCCAUCGCUGUCAUUACCCCGGGCCCGGGAAUUUUUGAGGUCGACUACGAGACUUUAAGAAGGACCACGGAAGCGCUUGUCGGUAACGGCAUGGGUAUAGAUCUCAUUUGCAUGCCCCGGAUGCCGCUGCACUCUGUACCUCUGUUCAAGUACAGGAACCCUCGGUUCUCCGAGGACAACCCGCUUGGUCAGGGCGCUUCUUUCUCCAGGUCAUACCAGAGUCGCGAUAGCACACCAAAUCAACCAACGCCUGUGAUCGGGAGUUAUCAGUCCUUGACAGGUUCUUUCUCACCUACCAAGGCUUCUAUAGUCACGCGCCGGAUUGAGUCCCUUACCUCAAUGGCGGCGAACGAGAAGUGGUGCUACGCCCUACCGCAGUGGCUACAUGUCUCAUUCUGGACCGGCACAUCUAACGAAGCACUGUCUUACGCGGGUAUUGCUCUCACUGUGUCGAAUAGGGUUGAGCAGGACGAUGAGGACGAAUUCAGAAUGAGGUGUCGUAUGUACGACUUGCAAAUGCGAAGUGUCUUGGACGCCAACGAGAUCGAGGCGGCCCCGCUGCAGUCAGACCCUCACUACCCAACGCAUGCCAUUGACGGCGCAGCGACUUCGAAGCGGCGCCAGGACCGCAUUGGCGACACGCUUUACAUCCCAAACCUGCGAGCCCCGGAGACUCUGGUCGACAGCGUCAUCGGCUUUCAAAAGUUCGCCCCUGAAAGGCUCGUUCGCCCUGGGGAGAAGUCGAUCUGGAAACUUUUACAGGAGUUUGACGAUUCCAAAAGCCACUUGACUGCACGGCACCAUCAUCAUUCUCCAAAACAUCGCAUGGAAUUGGACGACAUGCCUCGAAAACAACAGUCUGAGGACGCUGCCGCGCUAGGGACCUCUUUGCCAGAGAGGAAGCAUUAUGGUCAGGCAGCUUCUAGGAAAUUCUCCCUGACCACGGCAGAGGCCGAAAAGCCAAACAUGGCCAUGGAAAGAAAACCGCGCGAGCAUUCCAUUGCCACCCCUAAGCUACCCCCUCCAGAAGUAACAAUGAAGGCGAUAAAGACUCCAAAGUUCAUGAGACACAUUAGCCUCGGCCAACGAGGGUUCGGAAUCGCUGCUCCAAAGGUUGCAGUAGCGGAGGUCAAGGCGGAGACAGUCAGUGCCGCCGUUGUGUCAGCAGGCGAUCUGCGGCCGCCGUCCGCUCCAAGGUCUCUCUCGGAUUUGAGGCCAACGACGCCGCAGACCAUUGCAAGUGCUACCUCUUCUUCUUCGGCGCGUAAAUCGAAAUCCGACGCUCGGGAAUCUAUAGCCGAAGGGAUCCCAGCCACACCCAGCAUCCCGAUUUCGAAACGAGAUGGCCCAAGCCGACAAGACUUGGCAACCAGUCACCUGGUUCCACCCGCAACUGUCUUUGCGCAGCCCAACGUCAGGCGAGAGAGACCUGACGAUGAUCACGACGUACGAAAGUCCAACGCCAUGCGUGCAGAGGACGCACAAAAGGUGUAUACUAGCAAGCUGCGGGCCGGGAUGGUGCCCGAGCUGCCGACGACCUUGUCCCCAAAGACCGCCGUCACGCCAUGGCUCAGUCUCCUCAAUCCAUCCAAUCCUGAGCAUCACCGUAUAGACGACACCGUUCUGUACAGCCGAUGGCAGCAUGUCUUUCCACGCACAUCGGACAUGAAGGUGCAAAAGUGGAAGACGCUCUGUUGCCCUGCAGCGGUGCCUCUCACGACGGAGUAUUUCCCUCCAAAGGCCCAAUUCGACGCGGAGUACCAGCGACACCCUUAUAAUGUUGAUCAAAAUGCCGACGAUGAUGUGGCCGAGGAACCCAGGUCCCGAAAAGAGUUCAUCAAGGAACUCAUCAGCAUGCGCUUCUCGCACGGCUUUCAGGUCAUCGUCGGCCCCUCUGUGGCUCAGGCAUUCGGGCAAAAGCUCAUUAAGAUCGCGGAUAUCUUCUCCCGAGACCAGCCACUGGACGAUGGCACGAGUGUCUUCAUGUCUGUCGGAAAUACUAUUCAUCAACUCUCCUGUGUCAAUGGUACUGAGGUGGAAGUCAACAUAUACGUGCGUAAACCAGCUGAGCCUUCUGUUUCGGAAGGGUUCUCGGCAGUAUACAAGCCGGCGAUUCGAACAUUGCUUGAUGACAGCUACGAGACCCGAAGGGUCGAUAUCCUCACUCCCAAACUGGAGCGCAACUGGAACACUAUCGACUCCUUCCUCGCUGGCCAUCAUGACGAGAUGAUGGAGAGUCUCAGGUUCUGGCGUGCCCGGUAUGUUUUGAUUCCUCUCAGCCCGAGGCACCCUUCCAUUCCGAGGACGCAGACAGGCGACAACCCUGAAGAACUGCGAAUCGAGGGUAUCAAGCGGCUGGCUCAGCUAUGGCAAAAGCACCGCUACUUUCCUCCGUCAGAAAAGCGAUUUCAAACGCGAGAUAAUCGACGAAAUACGUUGGAUAUCGUUUACAAGACGGAUGAUCCCUCAGCAGUCAUUGCAGCCGAGCUCGAGACAUUGCCAUUGUUCGAAGGGCAGGAGGGCAUGCAGCGCAAAGGAAAGCUCGUGACGAGGAAGGAGAGAUUUCAGAAAUCGCACCUCAAUCUUGCGGCCCUCGCUGAAGCAAUUCAGCAACCUGUUGAGAACGGUGGCGUGCCUUUGCGAAACAGACGGUGGCAUUUGCGCAUGCACAGCGCAGCCUUCAUUGGCUCCGACAUGACAACCUGGCUUCUGGACAAUUUUGAAGAUUUGGAGGAUCGUGAAGAGGCAGAGCAGCUGGGCAAUGCGUUGAUGGUACAGGAAGAGCCCAAGAUCAAAGACAGGGACAAAGAGAAGGAUGGUGUUGAACCCAAGGGGCCGCACGAGAAGGGACUGUUCGUUCACGUCGAAAAGCGCCACAGGUUUCGAGACGGUAACUACUUCUACCAGAUGGCACCCGAGUUUGCGAAGGCACAACCUGGUUGGUUCAGUUCCAAGCGAAAGGACGCAUCAGUACCACCAACGCCCCUGUCCGAGACGGGUCGCGACUCGCCACAUGCGAGUGUGCGCGCCCCAAGCUCAGCCGACGGUAUGUCGCCUGCUUCUGCAGCCCCUACGCCGAUUACCUCGACUGGUAUUGCAAACAAGAACCGACCUCGCGUUGUAUUGAGCAAGGUGGUCAAGUACGACAUUGACCCUCGCAAGAGGUCAUAUCGCCCCGAACGCAUCGACCUGCACUACGACCGCCUCCACAAUCCAGACAACUGUUUCCACAUCCGCAUUGAUUGGAUGAAUGCGACAUCUAAACUGGUCCAAGACGUCAUUGAGAGUUGGGAACGGGAGGCCAGCCAGUACGGUCUGCGACUUGUUGAGGUGCCCAUCAGGGAGGCAUCUCUCAUUACUGAAUCCAAUCCCUUUCGCAAACCUUUUCUUAUCAAGCUUGCCGCACGCCCACCCGACGAGAAGCCAGAGGCGUAUUACGAUCCGAAUUCCCUUGGGCCCCAGGCGGCGCCAAGCAAGAACUUCUAUCAGUCUGCCAUCCUCAAGAGCUUCGACUUCGUCCUCGACCUCGAGGCCGCGAGCAAUUUCCCGAGCAACGUCGAUGUGCGGUACUCAUGGGGCAAACCCGAGUUCCGGUACACCCAGUACAUACACCGGUCCGGGACUCUCCUCGCUCAGAUAACCGACGACGGCAACUUUCUUGUCCUAGCGAACCGGCUUUACAACAAAAGCUUCGGUGCUGCCCGCGACAAGGAGAUGCGCACACAGGGUUCAUCAGAGCAGCUCACGCACCUUGAUCGCGCGGGACGACUCAUGAGCAUCGGCGGCGGUUACGGCACACAAAACAUGUCCGAACCUGUCCCUGCACCCGGGGCAGCCUCACCCAUGGUGCGCCCGACAUUUCACUACCAGUCCCCGGCCCUCCGACCUGCCGACACCCCGGCCGUGGGUGCCAACCCCGCUACCCACAGCGGCAAAGCGCAGUCCGGCCGCGGCGGAGUGGCCGAGGCUAUCAAGGAAGAGUUUGAGGCGUUCUGCAACGACGCCACAUCUCUAGAGGCUUUCUACAAGGAGACACUCGAGAAGGGCCAGCGCGUGCACGACACGCCCUCGUCCAUCGCCACGGGUCCGCCCGGCCUGGAACCAGUGCCCGAGGCUAGUAUCCCCUCGCUCGGGUUGCCACCCGGCGUGCUGGGCGGUACGGCUGGAACCGGUGAUGGCAACGAGAGGAGCGCCGCCGCGCUGGCCGCGAGCAUGCGGCUGGGCAGCCCCAUGACGUUCAUGCGCCGGGGGAGUGUGCAGUUUGAUGGCAUGGGACUCGGUUCAAAGGGCAAGUAAUGGAGGCAUCAGCAGGAAGUGAUGCAGAUUUUCGGGACGUUCCCGCCACCGUUUAGGGUACAUACCAUUCCUCAGCGUCGUGGAGGUGACUAUUUGUUCGAAAAUAUAUGGGAGACGAGGUCCAUGACAGGUUCUAUGUAUCAUUCUCAGAUGACGUUUUCGCGUAUGCAGCGGCGGACCGAAGCGCCGCAUUCAAGUUGUGCUCUCAUACAGGUCACAACUCCACCCAUCGUCAGUGGCGACUCAAUGUAUUUACCGCAAUGGGAUUCACAACAUUUUUUUUCUCGG